AUCUAUGGUUCGACUAGAGGAUAUUUCUGAACGCAGGAGUUUAAUAUUUCUCUUCCAGAGUGUGUUUCUGAACAUGCCCAAAAUGUAAGAAAACAAGUGCCGGUACUUACCGAACAUAUGACGCAGUUUCUAUAAAAUAGAUAAUAGAACAGUAUAAUUACUAGAAUUUAUCUCCAGCUUAAUUGGAAGACGAUUUUCUUAUUUACUUUGAUUAUUCUCAUGAGAAACCUAUUAAAAAUUGUUGUUGCUAUUUGUCUAAUUUAUUGGAUAUAUUAUACAACAAUGAUAAGAAUAUAACAACUAAUAUAUUAUUGUGGUGACACAUAUAAAUCAUCAGGACGAGGGGCGCACUUGCAUAAAUGUCACCAUGAAACUUUCACGAGACAUCGCAACAAAUUUAUUUAAAUUAAUAACUAAUAAAUAGAUAAAUAAAAUAGAAAUGUCUAAAAGACCAAGUAGUCCAACAAAAGAAGGUCCACUACCGGCAAAAUUACAAGAUGAUUUUCUCUUAUACUUCAAUAAUUUUAUUGAGAUUCGUAAUGAAAAUUACAUUUGUCAUUUAUGUAAAGUUAUCAUGCCAUCAUUAUUUACAGUCAUGUCACAUAUAAAUAGCAGUGAGCAUGAAAAUUCAAUAAUAAAUAGAAGAUUGAGUCAUACAAUAAACAGAGAACGUCCACCAAAAUUAAAUAUUUGCGAGUUAUUUGUAAAAAAUGGAAUUUUUCGAUUUUAUCCCAGAGUAUUGAAAUGUCAUACAUGUGAUUGCUUACUUAUAUCAUUCAAAUUCGCUAAAAAACAUUCUCGUGAUCCAGAUCAUGAAAGUAAACAAAAACUUACUUUCGAAUUUAAAGAACCAGCGGAACAAGAGAAUGAAAAUAAAACUAAAGCUGAUCAAAAGUACCCGGAUUUUAUUCGCUAUGGAUACAAAGAUGAUGAUCAUAAAAUAUUAACAUGUUAUAUUUGUUCUAUCACAGAGUUAUGGAAAACCCACAAGGAAGACAGAGAACAUUUUUACAAAAUGCGGUUUUUUGUUGAUAAUUUUAUUGAUUGUCCAGGUGACAAAGUCAUGUGCAAGCUUUGUAAACAUGAAUAUAUUCCUAAAAGUUCAAUAAUAGUCCAUGCUGCUGAUGAACACAAGUUGAUACCAUGGUACCGACCACCUGAUGAAUAUAUUACGUUUUUUAAGAAUUCCAUCGUACCAUUGGGCACUAAAUUUUAUUGCUGCUUAUGCGAUAGAGUUAUCAAUAGCCGCUGGUUUGGUGCUUUAGCACAUGCACGAAGUAGAAGACAUCGAAAAGUUGUGAAGAUCAAAGAGGAAGACAUCAACCAAGAAGCUCUGUCAGUUGAUUUUUGUAAAAAAUUAUCUAAUAACAUGAUUUUUCCUUUCGAUUCCACAUUAUUGCGAUGCUGGGUGUGUAAUUAUAUUAUUGAUGGCUAUGAAAAUCAUGACAAACACAUCGACAGUGAUAAGCACAUCAGCAAACUCACUGAAAAAGUAACUGAAUUGCUGGAAAGAAAAAAUAAAAUUUAUCAUGGGACUAGAAAAAGUACUGGUGGUCCAUCUCCUGCUAAUGAUGAGUCCGAAACAACUGCAAAGUCUUCAUGUGAAGCUGGAGAUGAUGUUGAGACAACUCAUGAUCAGAGUAAUGCAUCUGAUGAUAAAGCUACAGUUCUUUGAAAAUGUAAAGAGAAUUUAUUACGUCUGAUGGGAAGUUGAUGGAGAUGAUAAUUUAAAUAAGAAAUAGUUUAUAUAGAUUUAAUUAUAAUUGAUAGUUGAUAUGAUUAGAAAACUUAAAUUUUUUGAAAACUAAGUGCGGAAAUAUAUAACCUUAUUUCAUAUAGAAUAGCUAUAAGAUAAUUAAAAACAAUAAAAAAACAAAGAUAAAUAUAAAUCCAUAUUUAAAAAUAAUUAUAAAAUUUUUCAUUCAUGUUUAGUUAUUUAAUAAUUUUAAAUAAUAACAACUGUUAUUUUAAUUGUGUAUAAUUAAGCAUUGACCCUGUUUUCUUUUGAUUUUAAUAUCAUUCUUAAA